AUACUCUAUCUAACAUUGCAACAUCUUUGUGGUUUUCAUGCACGUUUAAAGAACGUCUUUUAGUUUCUCGGUUCAUUUGGUUAUCAUGUUCCUGUACCUGCUGCUCCUCACAGUCACCGGAACUGGUCAGUCUCAGAAAGUUCCAGGUCAACUGAAAAAUGAUUCCUGCAUGUGUAAAAUAAACAGCUCUAUCUGGACAUUCCCAGCUGCACGCUUCAUAGAAGUCACAGCACAGGUUCAGACCUGUGAAAACAACCUGGAUGAGUUUCACUAUAAGGUCUCGACACAAAAUGUAGAACUGCCGAAGGUAAAAGCCAAUCUUAAAAAUCUCACAGCCCGUCUCAAGCGAUUUGAGUACCUUCAAACAAGUGGACUGUACAACGCACUUCACCUGCGACAGCUGAACAAAGAACUACAAAUGAUCCAGCAUGCCAUCAGUGAAACACACAUAAACAACUCCAAAGAAGCACAACAUUUUUUAGAUGAGGUGAGUCAAGCAAAGAGCGACGUCGAAAAGAUGUACAAAGACGACACCUUCAAUCUAGAGACAAUGAAGAAGAGGUUACGCAAUCUUAACAAUCGUGUGCAGAUCAGUCGAACCGUACCAAAUGAUUUUAGAAGCUCUUGUCAUCACCGUAUCAUGACCAACAUAAGUUCUCCAAUUGUCACCAAGCUCAAUUCCUUCAGUAAAUCGUAUAUUUCUGGUGCUUGGGGGCAAGAUGCCAGUUUUACCAGCAACCAGCUCUACUGGGAGCAUUGUCUAGUCAGUGGAAACAAGCAUGGCAGCACAAUUCGAAUUUACAAAUUGUAUGAGGAUUUCAUGGGCAACAAAAACUACAAAGACGAACCUAUUGCACCAUCUUACAGUGACAAAAACACGGUCCAGGGCUCUGGCACUAUACUGUACGACAACACUGUGUUUUACCAAUGCUACAGCAAAGCUGAGAUUUGUAGCUUCAAUAUUACAACAAAGACGACCAAGCGUAUUAAUCUCGAUGGUGCCGGCAUCGACAACAAGUUUCCGUUCUGCUACUACAGCUGUCGUGAUUGGACAGACAUCGAUCUGGAAGCGGAUCAAGACGCUGUGUGGGUGAUAUACGCCACAGAGGAGAACCACGGCAACAUCGUGUUGAGUCGCCUGGACCCGGUGGAGCUCAACAUCACACAUACCUGGAAGACACAUCUGUUUAAGAGGUCUGUCACGAGCACUUUUAUGGUGUGCGGGGUCUUGUAUGCCACACGCUAUGUUAAUACUUACCAAGAGGAGGUAUUUUAUGCCUUUGACACAGUCACUGGUCAGGAGAUCAACACUCUUUCUGUGCCUUUUGAGAAAGUCGCAGCUGGAAUAGCCAACCUGAACUACAACCCUGUUGACCGUAAACUUUACAUGUAUAAUGAUGCCUAUCUGUUAGCAUAUGACACAUUUUUCUGAGAGCGUUUAUACACAGAUGCUCAAUAAAAAAUGCUUGUGUGUGAUAAAGUGUGUUGUUUCCAAUUUAACCCAGUUUAUUUUUGGAAAGAUUUAUUAUUGUCAGACAAAUAAAAGAGUGGCUUUCA